AUGCCACGGCAGAGUUCGGCCUCGCAGGUAUUGCAUCCUCCGGAUGAUGUUCCUCCAGUUGAGCACCCGUCGAGAGAGCAAGCUGUUGACGGCCAGUUAGGUUUUGGACCUUCGAAGCCCCCUUCAAGCCUUCCAGAAGGACGCGAGCGCGGAGAGUCUGAAGCCGGCACCGAGGAUCCGAUUGUUGACCCUGACACUUUGUCUCCACAAGGUGCCCAGCGCCGUCGAAAUCGUCGAUCUAGGAAACGAGCCCAAUACAAUGCAGCAGGGCAAUCAGCAGCAGGACAAUCAGUUGGGUUGACAAGGUCGAUCAGCAACCUGGUUCGUGCAUUGCAGAAUGUUGUUGACUCCAAGGGAAGCGAUCACUCGGAUUCCAAGAGCUGGAACUCUAGGAUGGGUCCUGAGCGCGGUGUGAAGUUUCGUUCAGGUGCGCCACCCAAUCCUCCAGCAUGGCGGUAUUCCCGAGAUGAUUUGAGGAGCUUCCCAAAGUGGCAAAGGAAGUUGGCAAUUUGGAAGAAGCAGAUCCUUGGCUUCAUGAGUCGGCGCGAUGCCGCAUUGUUCCUCUACAGCUCAUUGACCGGAGAAGCUGAAGAGGAACUGGAGCAUUGUGAUUUGGAGCGUUUGGAUCAAUCGGACGGCAUCGAAUACAUUGAGCAGACAUUGCAAGCAGGUUUGGCUACAAAGUUGGUAUACCAAAAACGCAAGCUCAUGGCUGAUUACGAAAGCAUUGUUCGACAGCCUUCGGAGUCGCUACGAGCAUUUGCAAACAGGUAUCGUCGAGCUGAACAAGCAUUGCAAUCUGUCUCAGUCGAUGUUCGAGGCAUGUAUGACGAAGAGAGCCGGGGCAAUAGGUUGUUGGAACGCAGUCGGCUGCCCCCGGAAAACCAAAGGUUGGUUUUGAUUGGUGCAGGUUACAACUUGUCAUACAGUGCCAUGUGUGAGUCGUUGUGCAUGUCCUUCCCCGAGCACAAGCCACCUCCACAGUUGUUUGGUAAAGAUGGACAGCCCAUCAAGUCACGACAAUUUGGAAAUCCAGGUUCAUCAGCUUCCUCGUCGUCCGCAUCUACCACGACCUCUUCGAGUUUCACGAAGGGCAAGGGAAAGGGCAAAGGUAAGGCUAAGCAUGCCUUUGUCACUGCACAUGACGAUGCAGCAGCCCUUGAUGCCAUCGCUGAAGACGGCGAUGAUGAAGAAGAGUUAUUCCUGAUCAAGAUGGAUCCUGAGGACCCAGAAGAACCUCAGGAGUUGGAAGAUGCAGAUCCCGAGUCAUUGGCACAGGUCCUCACAGUGACCGCUCGAAAGUUGCAGUCGAUGACAUUGGGCAGGAAGUUCAGUGGCACCAAAUCCAUCGAAGAGCGCAAGAAGACUUCGACAUGUUCCGCCUGUGGCCUUCAAGGGCAUUGGGCAGGUGAUGCUGAAUGUGCAGCAAGUCGAAAAGGCAAAGGUGAUUCCAAAGCAAUUGGUAAGAAAGGAAAGCCUUCACCAAUGCCUUCGUCCUCGCAGUCGAAAUAG